AUGGAGAGAGCAAGCAAGCGGAGGUCUGUGCUCCCGUCUUCCUUUGUUUUACUACUCCCCUUCCUCAUCAACCUUGUGUGCCCCGGCUGGAAAUUCACGGAUGCAGGAGACACGCUCCUUCCUGGACAAUCUCUAAAUGCUAGCCAGGUCCUACUCUCAAACAAUGGUGUCUUCAAGUUGGGUUUCAACUUGCAAUAUGAUCCUUCCCCGUAUUGUCGUUUUGGCACCUGGUUCACUAACUCAUCGCCCCAUGAUGAUGAUUCACUGGUUUGGCAACCUGAUCUGGAAGCGACUUUUGAUUGCAAUUCAUCAUCAGCUACCCUAUCAGAGAAUGGCACGCUACAUAUAACCGACAGCUAUACCUCUGUCUUUUUGACCACUUCUAUCUCUGCCAUUGCAGUGCUUCUUGAUAACGGAAACCUUGUAUUAAGAGACCAAGCAAACAGUUCGCAGGUGCUUUGGCAGAGUUUUGAUUACCCAACUGGUACACUGCUCCCUGGAAUGCGCCUAGGGUCCAAUUCAAUUAUCGGCAAGAGCAUGAUCCUUUUUUCUGAUCUUAGUAAUUAUACUGAGUAUGACGUUUAUAUUACAAAUUUUACUCUGAGAGUGGAUGCAACAAGAAGGCGAGGUUUUAUUAUUCAGCAGAAUCCUUUUGGUUUAAUGUUUGCUGGUACUUUUCCUAGCUGGAUAGUUCGUGAAGAUGGAGACUUUGUUGUGACACUAAAUGACGCACAUACAUACAUGCGUUUAAAUGGCUCUGGAUUUGUUGAAUUUGCUAAGCAAGAGGCACGCAGUUCUAUUUUGUGGUCUGCUCCAGAAAGCUUAUGCGACUUUGAGUCAUACUGUGGACCUUAUGGUAUCUGCAAAAGGUCAAGCUUCUGCAUAUGCCCUGCCGGUUUUGAUCCAUUAAGCACAAAAUCAAGGAAUUAUCUUGGCUGUUCGAGGGAGGUUCCUAUGAAUUGUGAAGGAGACAAUUCAACCCAUCGGGAAGUGGCGUUUUAUCCAAUAGAUGGCGUCUACAAGUUCCCCGAGAAUUCUUGGCACUCUGUUGCCAGAAAUCUGAAAGAGUGUGAAGCCUCCUGCUUAAAGGACUGUACCUGUACUGCCUUUGCUUACAAUGUGACAUGCCUAUUAUGGUUUGGGGAGUUACGGAACACAGUAGUGCUUGACUCUGGUUCAAAUGGCAAUCGUUUGUACAUUCGUGUUGCCACCAAACAACAACAGGAAAAUUCGGGUUUCAGAGCUGCUCCUCUGUUUCUAACGGCAAUGGCCGUGUUAGUCAUCAUUGUUAUUAUCAUUGGUCUGACUGUUUUGUGGAGAUGCAGAACAAAGUUAUUCAGAGCAAGAACUGUGUAUGAACACGGAAGCCUUGUGGUUUUCUCAUUUGCACAAAUAAAGAACUCAACAAAAAAAUUCUCUGAAAAACUCGGAGAAGGUGGUUUCGGCUGUGUUUUCAAGGGGACAUUGCCAGGUUCUGCUGCAGUGGCCGUCAAAAGGCUGAAAUGCCUUGGACAAGGAGAGAAGCAGUUUCGAGCAGAGGUGCAGACCAUUGGGAUGAUUCAACACAACAAUCUUGUUCGGCUACUUGGAUUCUGUGCUGAUAGCAGUAGCAGGUUAUUGGUGUAUGAGUACAUGGAAAAAGGUUCUUUAAACUCACAUCUCUUCCGUAAGGAUUUUGCAAAACUGAGCUGGAAGCUGCGGUACCAUAUAGCACUUGGAACAGCAAGAGGCCUGGCUUAUCUGCACGAGGAGUGCAAGGAUUGCAUUAUACACUGCGACAUGAAGCCGGACAAUGUACUUCUUGAUGCACAGUUCUGUCCUAAGAUUGCCGACUUUGGUAUGGCGAAGCUUCUUGGUCGGGAUUUCAGUAGGGCCCUGACAACAAUGAGAGGGACCAUCGGAUAUCUUGCACCGGAGUGGAUCUCAGGGCUGCCGAUCACACAUAAGGCUGACGUCUACAGCUAUGGAAUGAUGCUUUUUGAAAUCAUAUCAGGGCGAAGAAAUGCGGAGAAAAUUGAACAAGGGAACUUUACUUACUUUCCCAUCUUUGCUGCAGUCAAGCUGCAUGAAGGGGACGUUAUGUGCCUGUUGGAUAGAAGGUUGGAAGGCGAUGCGGAUGUGGAGCAGCUGAGGAGAGCUUGCAGAAUUGCAUGUUGGUGUAUUCAAGAUGCUGAAGAUCAUAGGCCAAUGAUGGGGCAAGUUGUUCAGAUGCUAGAAGGUGUUCUGGAUGUUGAAGUACCUCCCAUUCCAAGGUCACUGCAGAAUUUUGUGGGCAUGGAGGAUUGA